AGCGCCGGAAAUAACAUAUGUUUCUAAAUAGCACUGCUACAUUUGCCAGUCGCCAAAGAACAGCCAUCUUUUUUGUGUAAACUAAUUUGUUUUGUGAUCUCCAGCAAAAUUUAUUUGUAAUUAAUGUCCGAACCACAGUCAGCGCUAUUAUUAAGGAAGCAGUUAGCAGAGUUGAACAAAAAUCCUGUCGAAGGAUUUUCAGCAGGUUUAAUCGAUGAUAAUGAUAUUUACAAAUGGGAAGUACUCAUCAUUGGGCCACCAGAUACGCUUUACGAGGGCGGAUUCUUUAAAUGUCAUCUUAAUUUUCCAAAAGAAUAUCCUCUUAGACCACCUAGAAUGAAAUUUAUAACAGAAAUUUGGCAUCCGAAUAUUGAUAAAAAUGGAGAUGUAUGUAUUUCAAUUCUUCAUGAACCGGGCGAUGAUAAAUGGGGAUAUGAAAAAGCAUCAGAAAGAUGGUUACCGGUACAUACAGUAGAAACAAUUCUCAUAUCAGUAAUAUCAAUGUUAGCAGAUCCUAACGAUGAAUCACCAGCUAAUGUCGAUGCAGCAAAAGAAUGGAGGGAGGCGUAUACUGAAUUUAAACGUAAAGUAGCUCGAUGUGUUAGAAAAAGCCAAGAAGAGUGUAUGUAGGAACUAUACUAAACUAAAUAACGGCAUAAUAAAAAAACACAAUAAUUAACUUUAUAAAUAUAAUAAAUCCGAAAAAAAAAUUUCAAAACCAUGUGUUACAAUUUAAUUAUAAAUUUUAUAUAAAAAUGCGUGUGAAAUAAAUUGAAGCAGGAGUAACCAACUACUACAAGGUCUCAACAACUUCGAUCAAUGAAUGAAAUCGUGUGUGAUUUUUAAAUAAUUUUAUCGUCGCGACUACUAAUGAACUCUGCAAUAAAUACGCCACCGCAUAACCGCAUCAUCAGUUAUCAACAGCGUGCAACGUUGGCUGACUUGUUCUGUGACAGUUUUUUUUGGAUUUUUAAUAAUCUCAUUUUUUUGGGUCACACCAAUUUUAGUUUUAUUAAUUAUUAUAAUUAGUUUACAAACAAUUUUCUUUGGGUGUAUUUUACAACAACACAUCUAGAAAAUCAUGUAAGAUUUACAAUCAUAAGAUUUUUCAAUUGUAAAGAGAUUUAACACAUUUUUUAUACAGUGCUAUUAUUAUCCAAGAUGUACAUAAUAUAAAUAUAGCCACACA